AUGGAUCCGACGACACCGUUGCUUACGGAUAGUGGCCAACCAGAGGAGGAUUACGCUCCGGCGAGAAGCUGGACCGAUGUGAAGCGAGUUCUGUAUACGGAGUCCGCUAAGAUGUGGCUCAUAGCUGCUCCCGUUGGGUUCAACAUCAUCUGCCAGUACGGCGUUAGCUCCGUCACUAAUAUCUUUGUUGGUCACAUCGGUGAAAUUGAGCUCUCCGCCGUCUCUAUCUCUCUCUCCGUCAUCGGCUCCUUCUCCUUCGGUUUCUUGCUUGGUAUGGGAAGUGCACUUGAAACACUCUGUGGCCAAGCAUAUGGAGCUGGUCAAGUCAAUAUGUUAGGAGUUUAUAUGCAGAGAUCUUGGAUUAUCUUAUUCGUUUCAUGCUGGACUGGUUUGUCUUGGUUGGCUUUUAAAGAUAUUUGGGCUUUCGUUAGACUCUCCAUUGCAUCCGCUGUUAUGCUCUGUCUUGAAAUCUGGUAUAUGAUGAGUAUCAUCGUCCUUACUGGCCGCCUUGACAAUGCUGUUAUCGCUGUUGACUCCCUUUCUAUAUGCAUGAAUGUCAACGGCUUAGAGGCCAUGUUGUUCAUCGGAAUAAACGCUGCUAUAAGACUCUGUCUGUGUCACCGUCAUAGAGUCUCUCCUCAUUGGUCUUAUCUUUAUGGUGGCUAUCAUCAUAGCCAGAGACCAUUUUUUAAUCAUGUUCACAAGCAGCAAAGUGUCGCUGUUGGAGGAGGUUGGCAAGGCUUAGUGGCUUAUAUCAACUUGGGUUGUUACUACAUUUUUGGACUUCCCUUCGGGUAUCUUCUUGGUUACAAAGCAAACUUUGGAGUGAUGGGACUUUGGUCUGGAAUGAUAGCCGGGACAGCGCUUCAAACAUUGUUACUGUUGAUCGUUCUGUAUAAGACAAACUGGAAUAAAGAGGUGGAGGAGACGAUGGAACGUAUGAAGAAAUGGGGAGGGAGUGAAACGACAUCGAAGGACGUAACUGCGUGAUUGAUGUUUUUUUUUGGGUUAAGCUUACAAAAACAAAUGUAACACACUCGGGUUUUUGUUUGUUUGGUUUUCAUUUAGGUUAUAGUUCUGUUUAGGCUGUAGGAAACUAUUCAAUCAGUGAUGUUCUGUUUCUAUCCACAAAGAAAAGAAAAAGGAAAAAAGAGCAAUUGAAGCCAUAACA